GAUGACAUUCUACAACGACAUUUAUCCAUAUUACCCUCAACAAAGAACGCCCUUCAUCUUCGACCUCAGCCAGCUCAUAGUGAUUCUGGUGUUCUUAGUCCUUGCUUGCAGUUUCCUUGUUAUAUUACCUGGGAUCCGAGGGAAAGGGAGGCAGUUUUGGAUGUUAAGAAUUACCCUCAGUCUUUUCAUUGGAGUGGUCACUGUUGCUGUCAAUUUUACAAGUGACUGGGCGACUGGCUAUAUCAAAACAAACACAACUUACAAAUCAUUCAGCAAUGCCAUGGUUAGUGCUGAGAUCGGACUACAUGUGGGGUUUGAUGGGAUCAAUAUAACACUUAAAGGCAAUCCAGUGAGGCAGCUAAAUGAAACUAUAAACUACAAUGAAAUGUUCCAGUGGACGGAUGACUAUAAGGAGGACUAUGUUAAAGCUCUAGAGAGAGGUCUUCCCAACCCAAUCCUGUACAUUGCAGAGAAGUUCACUCAAGACAGCCCCUGUGGUCUGUUAUUCCAAUACAAGUACUCAGGACAUUAUGCAUCGGCUACCAUGUGGACUGCAUUCUGCUGCUGGCUCAUCUCCAACGUUCUCUUCUCCAUGCCAGUUAUUCUGUACGGGGGAUACAUGAUCGCGACCACGGGAGCAUUCAUCAUCUUUUCAUUGAUUUCCUUUGCCACGAUCCAUAAUGCACAGUUUUGCGCUAUCAGUUUGGGCACCGUGUCACUGGAGACUGCCUUUGGUGGAUCUUUCUGGCUGUCACUAGUAACAGGGAUACUGUGCAUUCUCAUUGGAGGAGCUGUGAUUCUGAUGGACGUCUUCAUUCCGCAGAAGUUAAAGAUUUUAUUUACAGCAAAUGAAGGGGACGAGGAGGAUGACAUCACUGAAUGCUACCUUAAUAAAAGCUUUCUUGAAAAGGAUAACGUGUUGCCAUUGGGAGAUGUGAGAUUGUCUGUACCGCUUUAACUAUGGUAGAUUUCACUCAAAGCAACCAGCUGGACUUAAAGAAGACCCAAACUGAUUAGGUUUAAUAAUUACACAAGAUGACUUUAGUAAUGUGUCUUGUUUUGCUAAACUGCUGGGAACAAUGUUCUACGAAGCGCCCCAUUUCAGUCUCAUCAGAAGAAAAGGAAAGUCAUUCGGUCUGCGGGGCUGAAGGAAUAGACUCCUGCAUUAUUGUGAACUGCCUCGGCAUUCAAUAACAGGAGGCCCACGCCAACGUUACAAUCGGGACUCUGUGGCCAGCAGGAGGCAUUUUGCUGUACUGCUACUGUAUAUGUAUUUAAAAGAUUAUAAAAAUAAAUUAUUAAGAACAAUAGGGCUGUAUUUAAAAUACAGGUGUAGACACAAAGUGAGCAUGAAGAACAUGCAAAGGCAAUGCAAACUGCUUCAGAAUGUCAAUGCACACAUAGCGGUGGCCAGGGGUUGCUCUUUUAUGACAGCACAAUGAACUUUCAAAAUAGACACCCCAUUGCCAUAGAGAUUAAGAAUGUGUAUGUAUCAGCUUCCCAAAGAAUACCGUUACAGUAGCAAAAUACAUGUUGGGUUAUGAUAUAUAUGAACUGCUUUGCCAUGCAGGGAAAUUACUAAGAAACUUUGCAAAGUAAACAUUUGAUUUUGUUUUAUAAAUAAUGUAGUGUUUUGUGAGGCAUCUGGAAUAAAAAAAAUUCUGCCAAAUUGUUUUGUUUCUUUGGUUGCUGCAUGUUAAUUACAAAUAAGACAUUGUUGUAUUACAUUUCUAAACCAGUAUGUGCAUAUAUCUUCAUUGGUAUGUUUCUAAAUUAUAUUAGGUUUACUGCAAAUGACAUAAAAUACAUAGCUUUAUAAAGCAGUAUUCAAAUUUCUAUAC